CUCAUGAGCGGUGGGGUCUGAUAAAGGUCUCGUUACCCUCGCAGACGUGGACUCGUCCUAAUUUCUGCUGAUCAUUGAUCUCUGAUAGUCUUAUCAGCCUCAUAUAAAGCGCGUCCAGCACCGGCUCUGUCUCACUGCUAGACGUUCAGCUAAAGCCUAAAGAUGAUGCCAGUGACCCAGCGUCUGCUCGUCCUGACCGCUCUGCUGUCUCUGCUGCUGGCCUUACAGGUCCAGACGGCACCCAUAGACACUGACUGGGCGACCGGACUGAUCCAUCGGGCCAAGCGCUCGUUACUAUGGCGAUGGAACACUCUGAAACCCGUGGGUUCUGGAUGCAGAGAUCAUUAUGAGUGCGGAACCAACUACUGCAGGAAACACACGUGCUCCUUCAAUAAAGCUCAACAGGCCUGACUGAGGAUGAAUGAUGAGGGCACCAAAUCAAAUGAUGGAAAACAAAAUGGCUAAAAUUGUGCAUCCCUUUGAUUUCUCAAACAUCAUGACCUACAUCAAUCUGACAGAACAUCUAAAGACGGCAGAAGACUUUCAAAUCUACAUCAAUCUCAAGACUGUAUUCAGGUGAAUCUCACCAAGAAUUGUCCAGGUCAUAUUAACCUCCAAAAUCAGAACUGUUUUAAUUUAUUUGAUUUUGGGCGGAAAUAUGACCCGGCGUGUUCUUGACACAUUCACCUCAGAAACCUCUCAGGAACACGUCUACAAGAACUCCAGUUUCAUCAUCGAUGUUU